UUCUCUCAAAGUUUGCAAUGCCUAAAGUAGAAGUGAAACAUAGUGUUGGGGCAACAGAUAUUGCUAGUUAACGUUUAGCGACGCCUUAGCAACACACACGCUUUUAUUACAGCUAUUAAACUAGUAACAGAGUGAGAUCACGUUUUUAAACGUAAAAGUCGGCGUUGAGCUUUAAACUUUAGCGAACAUUAGCUCACCAAUUUAAAAAUGGAGCCGGAAAGGACGGAGCGCAAAACGAUGCCAUAUCGUAAAUAUAACACCGGUGUCACCGAUAAAUACGCAACUCUUACUCCUCUGGUCAACAGCUGCAAGUUGCACAUUACUACUAUCAGACCACCAACGCCGGAACGAGCCCAAAAGGCUCACCGUCAAGAUUGGGUUAAAGAAACAAAGCUGAUUAGUACUACGCAUCACUGGAACCCAGAAUCUCUCGCAGGUGGUGCUUGGAGCGGCUUACUUGCAGUCCAAGAAGCUCGAGACAAAACAACCCACAGUGCAGGGGUCAAUUACUACUAUAAUGCUCUAAACCCUCCCAAGUCAGCAGGUGGCUCUGGGAGGUCAUGUUACAACUCUGGUUUUCCUUUUACACGGGUGCCUCACGAAAGUCCUAUAUCGAGUUUUCAACGGAUCGACUUGGACAGGCACUCUCUGGAGCAUUGUCCUCAGCUGAGCAUUAUGAAUGAAGUGCAACUUCUUAACCUUCAGCACAACCUAAUCACAAAGAUUCAGCAUUUGUCACACAUGCAACAACUGGUUUCUCUCAACCUGUACAACAAUCGGAUAUCUGAAAUGUCUGGCAUUGAAGCACUGAGCUCUCUGAGGAUCCUUAUGCUGGGAAAGAACAGAAUUCAUGAAAUAUGCUGCCUGGAAAACCUGUCCAAGCUGAACAUCCUGGAUUUGCAUGACAAUCAGAUCCACAGGAUAGAAAACAUAUCUCACCUGAACGAACUGCAAAUAUUGAACCUGGCAGGCAACAACAUCUGUAGAAUCGAAAACCUGCAGGGCCUGGACUGUUUGACUGAACUCAACCUAAGGCAUAACUGCAUCUCUUUUGUGGCUGAGGUGGAACGCCUGCCCUGCUUGCAGCGCCUCUUUCUCAGUGGCAACAGCAUCACCAGUUUCGAUCAGCUAGCCUGUCUUGGAGAGUCACGCUCCCUUUCCGAGCUCACCCUGGAUGGGAAUCCUGUAGCCCUGGAGACAUGGUACAAGCAGGCCGUCCUGCGCUGUGUGCUUCACCUGAGACAGCUGGACAUGAAGCGCAUCACAGACGAGGAUCGGCGCAUGGCUGGUGUGCAGGCUCGGAAAGAGGAGGAGAAGAAGAGGGAGAGUCACAAGCAGACUAUUCAUAAGGAGAAACGGCGUCUUGCCAUUCGUAACGCAGCACAGCAGUGGGAGGGGGUCAAAGCCUGCCUGGAGCUGCCACCAGCAAAUGGCGCUAAAGAGGAAGUUAGUCCGGAGAACAGCCCUGCCCACAGCCCGGCCCAGACCAAUGGCCUUGCACAGGACCCUUCUCCAGAAGAGCCAAGACGGAUAAGUCCUGGUUCGGGACCAGAGCGACCAUCAGGGGGAACAGAGAUCAGACUUCGCACCAACAGUCGUCCAAACAGCCCACGAGACUCAAAGCUCGCAGAGGCAGGGAGCAGUGGUGUUCAGAGUUUGUCCCUGUCUGACAGCCACCUGGCAGAGCUGGACGGAGACACCCUGCGUCUAUUUGGACCCGGGGCCCUGGAGGCCCUGGAGAGGGGCUGGGGAGUUCAGACCGCUAAUGCUGUCGCUGUAAUAACCUUCCGCUAUAUCAAUUUUGACGCCAUUGUACCAACACUGCCGCGAAUAAGAGUCAAGUUCCCCAAUCUAUCGCAUUUGAUCUUCCUGGAAUCUAAUAUCAGCCGUUUGCCACAGCUAGCAGCCCUAGCUCAGGUGAGGCGUCUGGACCAGCUGACCAUCCACCCGGAGGGCAACCCAGUGGUCAGUCUGGCUCUGUGGCGCUCAUUUGUCAUCUACCGCCUCCACCACUUCAAUCUGCAGAGGAUCAAUGGCCAGGAGGUGACCAUGAAUGACGUAAUUGCUGCAGAGCGUGUGUUUGGGACUCUGGGUCAUAUAGCAGCCACUGAAACUCCACGUUGCCGACUGCUCCUGCUGCUAGAGGAGUCCAGGAAGCGUCAGCUGCAGUUCCUGUUGGAGGGGCGUGGCAGGCGGACGGGACUGAGUCCAGAGGAGCUGCGAGACAACGGAAAGCUGGUGGGAGAAGGUUUGAGCAGAGCGCUGUUUAACUACCCGAGCAGAGACUGCAGCGCAGAGAGCCCUGAGGAGGGUACCGUGGAGUCAUCAGAGCGUGCUGCCAUGAUAGAGCAGUACCUCCAGGAGUUGGUCCAAAGGGCAUCAGACACCAAUCUGAAGGGCGAGGCCCUUCACAAGCUCUGGCCCUCCAUGUUCGCAGAGAUGGUGAGAGACUGUGUGUUGGAGAUGAGGGACCGAGCGGCCUUCCGCCAAGCCAGCCUUGCAAAGCUCUCAGAGACCAAGUGAAGCGGACCAAAGGUUCACUCAUAGGUGACUCGCACACGUGGACAGUUCAUCCGAGGACCUAUAUCGCUCCAUCUCAAAUUCCAUCUAUAAUUCAUCAUCACGUACUGUAGGCACAUUAUCAGUACUAAAACACUGAAUGAUGCAUUUCCCCAGUGUGUGGGGAGGUCUUUCUUUAGAUGGAUGUAGACUGUGGUAAAGAUGUCUAAAGGAGUUAUCAUGACAAAGGCAUCUUGACUGAAUGUAGAUUUUCACUGAAGACAUGAUGACUAUUGAGCACUUGGAACUGCAAUAUACUUGAACAAAGGGACUUAAAGACUCGCAGUGCGUUGCAAUUCCUCUAGAGUGUCCUCUGCACUUUAAAAGCCUUCUGACUAAUCCCUCUUCAUUGUUACUAUCGUCAGCUGAAACGGUCCGCGUCUCCUCACCUGAGACUAGAAUGAUUCUUCUGUGUCUUACAUCCUCCUGUGUUCCACGCGUUGCUCGCUCACAUGGGACUGCCUGACCUAAAAAGAAGGGCACAAACAAGAACAUUGACUUCCCCUUGUUUACUGAUACGUACCACUGAUUUUCAGUAUUGUACUUAGUAUUAAAAAAUUCUGUAUUAACACA